GUAAAAGGAAUAAAAUUAGUAUUUAGUUUAUCAAUAUGUUAAAAUGCGUAUUAUUUUUCUUGUUUACUAUAGAAUUAGCUUGUUCUGAUGUCCAGGAUAGUAAUGGGUACUUGGCAUACUGUCCUUGCAUGGGCAGGUUUGGUAAUCAAGCAGACCAUUUCCUAGGCGCCCUAGCAUUCAGUAAAGCCCUUAACAGAACAUUGAUUUUACCUCCAUGGGUUGAAUACAGGUACGGAGAGCCGAGGUCUAGGCAAGUUCCUUUUGACACUUAUUUUAAACCUGAAGCUUUAGCCCAGUACCAUAAGGUGAUAACAAUGGAACAUUUCAUGUCUGAAAUUGCACCAACUCUCUGGCCAAGUGAAAAAAGGGUAGCUUUCUGUUACACUCAACGACAAGGAGAACAAGAUAACAGUUGCAAUGCAAAAUCUGGUAACCCGUUUGGCCCAUUCUGGGACACAUUUAAUAUAGACUUUGCAGCAUCAGAAUUCUAUGGGCCCUUGAAUUAUGAUUCAACUAAUGCUGCUAUGAUUGAAAAAUGGCAGCAGAAAUACCCAACUUCAAAAUGGCCAGUGUUAGCCUUCACAGGUGCCCCUGCCAGUUUUCCUGUGCAAAGUGAAAAUAGACCUUUGCAUAAGUACAUGCAAUGGAGUGAUGACAUUGCAACAAGAUCAAGGCAGUUCAUAAAGAAAAACAUGAGUGGGGGUGGUUUUCUUGGUAUCCACCUCCGGAAUGGCCAGGACUGGGCAAGGGCUUGUCAACAUGUGAAGGACAGCCCUCUAUUGUUUGCUGCUCCUCAGUGUGUGGGCUAUAAAAAUGAACGAGGGCCUCUGACAGAAUCCAUGUGCCUGCCAUCAAAGUCGGACAUAAUUAAACAAAUAAAGAGAGUACUAAAGAGAUUGAAUGACAUAAAGUAUGUCUUUGUGGCUUCAGAUUCCAAUCACAUGAUUGAUGAUUUAACAAAUGCCUUGCACAGAUUAGAUGUAUCUAUUGUAAGCCUAAAGCCUCCAAAUCCUCACAUGGAUUUGGCAAUUCUUGGGAAAGCUAAUUAUUUCAUUGGGAACUGUGUCUCAUCAUUUACUGCAUUUGCUAAAAGAGAAAGGGAUAUUAUAGGAUUGGGCUCAGAAUUUUGGUCAUUCCCCCACCGCAAGAAACAAAAACAUGAAGAAUUAUAAAAUAAGUAGCUUGGCAUAUCUGAACAGUCACAAUCAGCAAAGUGCAAGAACAAUAUUCAGUCUACAGUUUGUGGGUCA